AUGGUGGAGGCGAAUCGCGUGGAGGAGUUGGCCACGAGCACGGCCACAGCCACGAGCACGGCCACAGCCACGAGCACGGCCACAGCCAUGAGCACGGCCACAGCCAAGAGCACGGCCACAGCCAAGAGCACAGCCACAGCCAUGGCCAUGCACACUCUGGACGGCAUGGUCAAUGCGCCCGAAGUAGCUCUCGUGCUCAACCCAAAGAGGAGAAGAGAUCUUGAGAACGAUCUGGGUUCAACCUGGAAGCUCAAGAUGGCCUCUGAGAAGUCAUCGAGGAAGUUCCUGACGAUGUUGGUGCUGUCGACCUGUUAUCUCGUAGCUGAGAUGGUUUUUGGGGUCCUGAGUGGAUCUCUUGCCUUGCUUGCCGACGCUUUUCACAUGCUCACUGAUGUUGUUGCCAUCUUGUGUGGGUAUUGGGUCGCGAAAGUCUCAACAAGGUCGAGAACCAACGACAUGUCUUUUGGAUGGAAGCGAGCAGAGAUUGUUGGGGCGCUAGCAAACGGAUGCUUCCUCUUGGCUGUCUGCUUUACAAUUUCGCUUGAGGCCAUUGAGAAAUUGUUUGGAUUAGGAAGAGAAAAUUCAGAAGAUCUUGAAAACAAUGCGGAUCAAAUCAUCGUUGUUGGAACUGUCGGCUUGUUGAUCAAUUUGCUGGGAAUGUGCGUGUUUGGAGGCCACGGCCACAGCCAUGGCGGUAAACUCCUCGAUUUGCCGAGGCUUCAGGAGGAGGAGGACACAACCACGUUCAUAGCCAUGGGCACAGUCAUGGCAACAAGUCGAGCAAAGUUCAUGGACACUCGCAUGGCAGCGACUCUGUCAACCACGAUCAUCAUUCUUCAGAUGCGAAUUCUGAACAUGAACGAGUGGAGCAUGUACCUGCAUGUCAUGGGAGACGCGCUGGGCUCAGCGAUUGUCAUCCUGAACGCAAGUUUGAUCAAAUAUGCCAAAUCAUGGGGAGAUUACAGAUUCAUGGCAGACCCGAUCACGAGCUUGGUAAUGGUGGCGAUCAUAUUGGUCCAAACCAUCCCGCUGGUGAAAGAUACGGCCUUGAUCCUCAUGGAGACGGCACCUUCCCUCAUAAGCGAGGAGAUUCAAGACGUGGACUCGCUGCAUGAAUCUCUCUCACGCGUUGAGGGCGUCCUCGAGGUCCAUGAGCUUCACAUCUGGCGGCUCAAUCAGAGCACUGCUCUCUGCACCGUCCACGUCGUGAUGCAAACGACAUCCACCCAUGAGGUGACGGCGACUGUUGACAGAAUCAAGCAGCUGCUUCACAGUAACAACAUCCACUCGAGUACUAUCCAGACCGAAAUCAUCUCCAUGUGCGAGAGUGCAGCCGAUUGCUCGCACCUUCCCUCCUCCUCGGGUUGUGCAAGGUGA